UAAAAACCAAACAUUAAUCCGCCGUAUUCAAAACAAAACGCUUGUCGAAACAUGUUUUCGAUGUUGACAGUUGAUAGACAACGAUCCAACUCAUGAAUAUUUUCUGAUAUAUUUGAUGAAACUGUCAUCUUAAAUGCAAUUGUAUUUAUGAUACAUUUUUGUAUAUGAACAUUGUCUUUGGGUUUGCAGUUUAAUGCAGCAAAAUGUCCAAUACAGCCACAGCCCAGGCACAACAGAAGUUUUCCAAUCUUCGUAAAAGACUUGACCAACUAGGCUACAAGCAACCUUUAGGCAUCGAGUCUCUGCCUCUGGUUGAGAAACUAUUUGCAGACCUUGUUCAUACCACAGAGAGCUUAAAGAAUGCAAAACUUAGCAGUGGUAAACAAACUACAGAGACUAAAGAUGUGGACUCCCUGAUAGAGCCAUACAAAAGUGACAAUGCCAAGCUGGUGAAAGAAAAUAAUGACCUUCACAAACAACUGAUUAAGCAGAAGGAAGAGUCAGAUGCCUUAGUAAGAGAGCUGAAAGCUUCUCUGCGCAAACUAGAGCAUGAGAAUGCUGACCUGAAGUUCCUCAACAACCAGUACGUGCACAAGGUGCGGGGCCUGGAGAAAGAGUCCAAGGAGAAGUCGGACCGCAUCCUGAACCUGCAGGAGAAGAACUUCCAUGCUGUCGUCUCCACACCUGGUGGCAAGAAGAAGACCAUACCAUUCCGUCGGCAGCGGAUGGAGAUAGACUGCACAGUUCCGCCCGCUGAUGACUACAGUCAUACAAGGCCGAGGCUCGCAGACGACCCGUACGUGGCUGACCUACUUCAGGUGGCCGACAGUCGCAUUGCGGAGCUUGAACAGCAGGUGGCUGAGUUGACGGACAGAAAUGAGAUCGCUGAUAGGAAGAUGGCUACCUUCAGACAACAGGUUGAAGGUCGUGAUGAAGAGAUAGAGAGGCUCAACAGAAUGCUAGACGGAGGACGACCAUCAGAUGUUGUGGCCCUGGAGGCCCGCAACAGGGCCAACGAGAGGAUGAUCUCACAUCUCAAUAUACAGAUCGACUUCCUGCAACAGAAGAACCGCGAGAUGGAGCGCAAGUUCCGUGACGCAGUGGCCGACAGAAGUGAGGUGGAGACAGAACUGGGCAAGUGCAAGGCCCACCUUAGUGACCUUGAGCUGGAGCUGCAGAGCGUGGACAGGCACGCCAAGCGUCUCGAGACCGACCGCAGCAUUGUGCUGAAGACUGCCGACCGAGAGAUGGAGGAGGCCAAGGAUGAGCUGGAGAAAUCUCGACAUGAGCUCGAGGACUUGGAUAUCAACAUAGCAAAGUUGAAAGCUGAGAAUGAACGUCUGAGCAAGGACCUGGUAGACACACGUUCCACCCUCACCACCAAGAGUGGAGACCUCAUGAGGCUGGAGGAACUGCACGACCGAGUGGCAGAGGACAAGAAACGACUCAGCCACCGAGUCAACAAACUCAUGGCCAAUGAAAAGGAACUUGUUCUUGAGAUUGAGCGACUGAAGCGCAAGAACGGGCCCGCAGGUGCCGCCAAGAAGGGUAAGAUCCCCAGCAAGUUGGACGCCUUUGUGCGUAGUGUGGAGGAGGAGCGCAACUACUACCGGGACCAGGCAGAGGCCUUCCAGAAGAUGUUGCGUGGGGAGAUCCCGUCAAGGGGUCGCAGCCCUCCCAGGUCACGCACCCCGUCACGCCCUACCUCCCGGUCCUCAAGUCCUGCCAGGGAACUCAACGCCUCCACUGCCAAGGCUGAUAAGAAGGCUGCUGCCCAGUACGAGGCCAUCAUGCGGGUGCUGGAGGAGGAGAGGGACUACUACCGCACCGAGUACGAGACUCUCAAGGCAUCCAAGAGGGCCUCCGCCCGGGCCACGCCCACAAAGAAGAAAUCAAACAAUUUGAAGAAUAAGAAGAUAGGCCUUGGAGAGGACACGGAGAUUGCCAAGUUGACUCGUGAGCGUGAUGAGAUGAGGUCCCUUCUUGACAAGUUUGAAAGGCACAUGGCUGAGAUUCAGGCCAAUGUGAAGGUUCUUACAGGUGAAAGAGAUAAGCUUAACAAGAUGUAUGAGGAGGCUAAGGAUGAGCUACACAAGGUGCGUCGUGACCUGGUACGGUCUCCCAAGUCCCCCAAGACGUCCUUGGCUGCACAGGCGGUGCUGCGGCGCGUGGAAAACGAGAGAGACGACGCCGUGUCGGAGCUGAGGCGCAUCUCUACAGAGCGAGACAGUCUCAGGGAGAGGCUCAAGAUUGCCACAGAGGUCUCACUCACAGAGAAGGCUAAGCUGGAGCAGCGCUGUGAGGACCUGGAGUCGGGGCUGCAGCAGGCGGAGAAUGAGCGCGGGGAGCUGAUCGUGCGUGUCAACGCCCUCAAGGACGAUGUGAGGGGCCUGGAGGAACAGAUCAAGGACAUGGCUGGCCGCCUGUCAGAGGCACAGGACUCCUCCUCACAGAACAAGUCCAAGGCCACUCAGAUGAAGAUGCUGGCGGAGGAGACAGAGCGUGGUCUAGAGGACACCCAGAAGAGGCUGGCACGCCGAGAGAGCGAGCUGGGUGCCCAGGAGGAGCGGUGUGCCAGGCUGGAGGAGCGCAUUGCCGAGCUUCAGAGGGGAAUGGCACGAUCCUCCGAUGAGAACUCCGGCCUGCGCGGCACAGUCAGCCAGCUGGACCGCGAGAAAGACAACCUGCAGAUCAGUGUGGAUGAGAAGACAGAGAAGAUUGCCAACCUUAAUGAGGAGGUCCUUCUGAAGGAGAAGCUGAUUAGUGACUUGAAAGUGCGCAUCAGCGAAUUGGAAGCUCAAUAUGGUCAUGCCAAUGACAACAUCAACAUGAAGGACCGCGAGUUGAAGUCACUGCGUCGUCAGCUGGACUCCACGUCGGAGGACCUCAAUGAGAACAGCCGGGGCAAGGAGGUGGCCAUGAGGGAGAACAGGAGACUGCAGGACGACCUGGCUGUCAUGACACGUGAAAACCAGAAACUGAACCAGGAGCUACAGGAGGCUCUAGAGGACAAGGAAGGCUUAAAGCAGCAGGUGCAGGAGUACAUCCUUGAAGUGCGCAGGAUUGAGGACGUCCUCUCUGGCAAGGAGAAGGAGCGUUCUGACCUGCUGGACCAGUACCGUGCGCUGUCCUCGGAGGCAGAGCAGUACCAGACGGCUACACACCAGCUGGAGAGCGAGGGGUCCAACAUGAGGCUCGAACUCAUGACCAAGGACUCUGAACUCAGAAGACUCAGGGACAAAGUUGACAACUAUGAGAGAGAAAUUCAGGAGCACCUGAAUGCCCAGCAGGCGUAUGAGCUGCAGGUGUCAAAUCUGACCCGCUGUGUGGCCAACCUGGAGGACAACCUGCGCCAGACAGAUGACGACAAGAACACCCUGCUGUCUGACCUGACGGCCGUGCGCGAGCUAUGCUCCAGACUGGAGGGGACUAAGGAGUCCCUGCAGCGUCAGAUGACAGCUCUCACCAUCGACAAGGAACAUCUGCAGAGCCAGUUUGAUGACAUCGCACAGGAGGCUGAGCUGUACAAGAGCCAGCUGUCGUCAGAGCGGCACUCCAACAAGAACCUCGAGUCCCUGCUGCAGUCAAACCGGGAGAAGGAGUUCCAGACACAGCUGCAGUCCCAGGAGCACGGCGCUGAGAUACAGAUGCUCAAGGACAGGCUCUCCCUCAACGAAAGCAAGAUCCAGAGCCAGAGUCGUGAGAUAGCGUCCCUGCGCACGAGGAAUGUGGAGUUGGAAGGGGAUGUGGAGAGGCUACGACGACAACUCACCAGUGAGAAGUUUGAGAGAGAGAGGGCGGUGCAGGAGCUGAGACGACAUGGCCUGGUCCCCCCAGUGCCCACACUGGACUAUUCCAGCAGCAGUCGCUACAGGUCCACAAGUCCCGUACGCUCGAGGUCCCGAAGUCCUACAAGGUACAGAACCCGUAGCCCCGAAACGUCCUACCUGAGUUCAUCACUCCGGCGCUCUCCGGACCGCAGCGGAUACUCCCUCGACGACGACACUACUGCCAAAUCUUACAAAUCUGACCUGCUUUGAUACACAAGCACACAUAAACAAUUAUCGUUAAACAAAUUUUGCCACUCAUGAAUGAUGACACCAUUUACAUCAUACAUUAUUUUAUCAGGCAUAUGACUUUUUUUGUGGUUUUAUUUGCAUACAGGUAAUAACUUUAUGAUAUAACCAGAAAGCGGGCCAUAUGGAACAAAAUGUUUGGUUGUGUUAAUAUAUAUAUAAAUUAAUAAUAUUUUUGAAGAAGCCUUAAAAUUUUUAUUUUUAUUAAAUUAAUGCUUUCGCUGAGCUAUUUUUCGAAUAUAAAGUUUAAAGACUGCAUGCAGACAGUGAAGCAAGACAAACUUAUUAUUGUUUUCUACAUUUAGUGACAACCAUGUUUUAGUCCAUGUAUAUUGGUGAAUGUAGCCAAUCAAUAUAGUUGAAGCCUUCUGUCCAUAGUAACAUGUCUGUGAUAUUAUUAUUUCUAGUGGCUUAUUGUAUGUUUAUGUGAUGAAUGUUUUCAAAUGGCUGCUUUUUUGUAUUGAAAACAGGAUGUUUUCUUACCAUUUUUGGAAUAUGUUUCACACUCAUGAAAUAGGGAAUUUUUUGCAUCAAUGUUAUUUGCAAUGGGAAAUAUCAUUAUUGCUUGAUUUAAAACUUUUGAAAAAUUAUUAAUAAAACUGACACUAAAACAUAACAUGCUAAACAUAAAGAUAUUAGAUACAUGGAUAUUACAACUUCAAACUCAUAAUUUCUAUACUAGAUAGUUCUUUAAACAUCUGAAAGCCCAACCCUCAAUUGGGAAUGUUUUAUACUUGAUUUAGGGGAAAAAGAAUAUAUUUUAUCAUAUCGCAUAUGACCUAAUAACGGAUAUAAAAUCAGCCCCCCCAAAAAACCUGAAAACAUUCCAAAACUUAACAUAUGAAACAGAAACAUUGUUUUGCUCGAAAAGUAUUUUGUGUUGGUCAUUUCCAUUGAUGUUGAUUGGUCAUUUUACCAAGUCAAUAUAAUUGUAAGUCAGUAGAAUUCAAAGAAAGUAUGAUUAACAUCUGUCAUUCCAACAAAAUAAAAUCUAAAAUGCAAUGGGGAUGAAUGUGUUUUUAUGUUACAAGUGUUUGGAAUUUUCAUUUCAAGACUAGUAUUAAAAACUUAUUUUUUUGUUUAAGAUUCUUGGUAUUUAGAGCUAGUUUUUUGUUGUUUUUUUAGUUAACAGUUUUUGUAUUGUGCUUUAAUGAGCAAAAAUGACAUAUUUGAGAGAAGCAGUUGAUUAAGUUUGGAACAAGUGUGAAAAAGUAGCAGUCUGUGAUACAUCUGUACAAAUGAGCACCGUCAUGCAAAAAGGGGUCUUAUGCCAUAAUGCGGCCAGCAUAGCUUUGGACAAGCCUGCGCAUAAGCCCAGCCUGUUAAAGAGCUAUCCUGUUAAUCAACUAGACCAUUAAACCUUUUGUGACAUGAAAGCGGACAGCGUAGCUCCUUACCAGAGUUCAGGAUUGUACAGGCAGGUAUGGAGCUACGCUGGUGGCAUAUACCAUAUAAUAUCCGUUUUUGCAUGAUGUUGCUCAGACCAAACAGAUGAUUAUUACCUUGUGUCUUGCAUCUUAUGUGGUUUUUGAAUUGUUCAUGAAGUGCUUUAGGGUUUAAAACUAUCUGAACUAAGUAACUUACUAUACAGUGUUUUUUAAAAAUCAAAAUCACUAGCACUCGAUAUGUAAAGAAAAUACAGCAUUUUAUAAGAAAAUGAGACACUUCAAACAAAUUCAAGACCACCAGACAAAAAUGUGCAGACACUGGAAUGGAUGUGUUGGGUUUGUUUUGAGAUGUGCAUAGUGAUCAUGUUUUGUGCUAGCUGUGUCAACGCCUAGAGAAGUAAAGCUUUAUUUUGCUUCUGAAUUUUUUUCUCUAUCUUACUUAAUUGCAUAGUUCAAAAUGGGUGAAUGGAAUUAUUUUGUAGAAAAGAUUUCCUGUGGAAUGAAUAACUUACCAUUAAAAUCUGUGUUUAUGAAUAUAUUGCAUCUGUGCUUAUUAUUUAUCCAAUAUGUAUGCUGUAUACUGUUUAUAGACCACACCUUACUCAGUUAUGUCAAGUAUUUUUACAUCAGAUAUCCGUCCAGUUACUGUAUACAUGUAUGUGAAUAGGAUUCUCAUUUUUUAUUUAUUAUUUAUUUACUAACUUCUGUAGAUAUUUAUGUUUUUGAUUGUGUUAUAUAUUCAUUAAACUUGAAAAAUAUGUGUUAUGAAGGCCAUGUUUAGUUCUUUUUUUAAAUCAAUUAGACUGUGGUUCAAGUUUUGUAUAAGAUAUGCUAUUGUAGUAUAUAUUAAGCUGUUUUAUUUUAAUUAUCUCAUUAUCCAUGGUUAUAAAGAAAAUAUAAUUUAAAUUUAACUACAAUAUCAGUUUAGCAUAAUUUGAACUGCAAAUCCCAUUUGAAUUUCAACUUUCAAUUUUGUUAAAAGGAUUGAUAUAUUUUAAGUACACAUUGUUGGCACGUACCAUAUAGUUGAUUCUUAUUGAUCUGCCUUAUGGCUAGGUGCAUAGACGAUGAAAUGUCCUAGUGAUGGGCAUUGUUGUUGAAAUGUCUUAUAAAGUGUUAUAUAAUGACACAAGGGAUAGUAAUUUAACAAGAUUGUGACAAUGACUUUCAGUGUUGCUCUUGGGAAAUAUGGCUUUAUGCUUGUGGGAGAGGUUUUGUCCCAGAUUAGCCUGUGCAGUCUCCCAAGCUAAUCAGGGGCAACACUUUCAGCUUCAGUUGGAUUUUGACUCACUUUAAACCAAAUAUUACAUAAAAGAUGAAAGUGAUUAGCCUGAGCAGACUUCUAAAUUGUUGGAGUAUAGCAGUGGCACUGAAUCUGCAAUGUUGGAGUAUAGCAGUGGCACUGAAUCUGCAAUGUUGGAGUAUAGCAGUGGCACUGAAUCUGCAAUGUUGGAGUAUAGCAGUGGCACUGAAUCUGCAAUGUUGGAGUAUAGCAGUGGCACUGAAUCUGCAAUGCUCAUUGUUUGAGUAAAGCAGUGGCACUGAAUCUGCAAUGCUCAUUGUUGGAGUAUAGCAGUGGCACUGAAUCUGCAAUGCUCAUUGCUUGAAGACAAGUAUAUGUAUUGGCCUAAAGAUUAUUGUAGGAAACUAUCUACUAUUGUUUGAUUUUAGUGGUAUUGGUGUGUGUUUUGAACCAGAUGUGAUGGUUUUCACAAGACUGUGCAUAGAACAUUCCUAAUAAAGGCUUGCAAACUGUGUUUGAUCAAAUAUUCUUUGCAAACUGUUAGUGUAGAGAGCAUAUAUACAGUAUUUUUUCCAGAUAAAAUAAUUACAAAAAAGUGA